AAUAGCUCUCAAAGUAAAUAUAACGUUAAAUCGCCGCGGCUCGUGUGCCGCACGCAAAUAUAAGAAAACCGUGCCUCGCAGCUCGUCAGUAUACCACGUCGACUCGGCAAGUAUAUAUAUAUUCGCACGAAGAUCAGCGAGAAAAUUGCGCGUGUAACAUCAUGUCCUACCCUUGCUCGUAUUACCAUCCGUGGCGCACCCAGCACGAGGUGCAGACGCUGCACCGCUGGCUCAAGGUGGACCACCUGGUCAAGCUGCUAGUCGAGGCGCGCCAGAUCGACUUCUACCAGCACCCCGAGCGCAAGAAGAUCCUCGGCAAGCUGCGCGACCUGAACGGCGAUCGGCGAUUCGAACGCGAGGUGCGCUUCCCCCAGACGUAUCUGGUGAACGCGACGGAGGGCAAGUGCGCCGACCUGCUCGAUCAGAUGCGCGAGGCGCUGCAGCACAACGACCCGCGCCACUCCAGGCCGGCCUACACGCAGUCGGUCAAGGCGCUGCUGGAGAUACUGUCGUCGCUGGGCAAGGAGGACUUCGAUCCCGAGGCGCACAACAUCCACGACAGGGCCAGCUUCGAGAAGAAGUACUCGAUGACUUGGGAAGUUCCUAAAACACCUAUUUUUCUUAAAAUGUCUCCUUCUCCUAAAGUAGAUGCUGCUUCGUAAUACAUUUAUGAUUAUUGUAUAUUAUUGUACAUUAAAUUUCGUCGCUGUAAGUUUUUGAAUAGUUGAUGAAGUAUAUUCGAUCAAAUAAACUUUAUCAUCAAAUUUAACGAA